CCUCAGAACCAUAUGAGCCUAAGUCCAAAAUUUCUUAUUUUUUAGGUUAUUGCACGUAUGUUCUUAAAAUUUCAUUUUACAUCCAGCCAUACCAUCGUAACUCCGCUAAAAAUUCUAUUUUUAUGAUUUAUCAAAGGUUAUAUGAGUCUAAGUCCUGAGGUAUAUCAGAACCAGACAAACUUAACUCCACCUAUGAUGUUAUGGUUCUGAACAUUGAGCAUUUCAGCAAAAACCUAAGUCCACAAAAUGGACUUGCCAUUGUCUGGCCCUAGCCACUAUACUCAUUUAGUCUCAAGUCCUGUUUUCUGAACAGCUGAUGACUGUCAAUAAUACUGUUGAUAUUGCUGCUGCCUGCUAUUAGAGAGAUUAUUGAGGUUAGGACUGAGCUGUACUAAUCAAAGUUUUAUUCUACUUUUAACAAAACGUUUUGGUAUUAAUAUGGAAAGUAGGGGAAAGUUUAUACUUUCCAAAUUGAAAAACCUUAAUACGUUCACUGAAGAUAAUCUGAAACCUGAAACUAAUGAUUGUCCUAGCAAUCAAUCAGUAGAAGUUCCACGAAGAAAUUCCACUCCUUCACCGACUUUAACCGAAUUAAAAGUAUUGAAUCCAGAUUGCACAUCCAUCCUCGUUUUACCUGACAAUGACUCAACCCAAUGGAAUUUUAACAUGCAUGAAAGUGAAAAUAUCCAAGUUGAAAGAGAAACUAGUAAAGACGUACAUCUUCUUAAUUUCAUUUCAACUCCAGUAGAACCAGAGUCAAAUGAAUGGGAGCUAGAGACGAUAACACAAGUGACAAACAUGGAACAAGAAUCUGGAGCAUCGACAACACUGGAAGAUUUAGAUGAUGCGCUAUCUUCUGUGAGCGACCUAUUUGAGAAUGACAUCGAUGAUCCAACAUACACUCCACCUUCAGGUUCAGAGAGUGAUUCAACUUUAAGUAACGAUUUAGAACAAGUACAAAGUCAAUCUGUAAGUACAAAUACUACAGCAAAUAAUAAUAAUAUAAUACCUCUGGUACCAUACACCGAUUCAGAUGACACGGAGAGCGAGUUACCGAUAGUUACUCAACCUAAAAAUAAAGGAAGAAAAAGAAUAAGGAAUGAAAAAAAGUGGAAAAAAAACAUUAGAAAGCAGGGACGAAUUUCUGGAAAAGAGCAUGUCAACUCUAAAGGAGAUAUUGUAAAAGAAAGAACUUUAAGACCUCCUUGUAAAACUACUUGUCGCUUGAAAUGCUCUCAGCGCAUAAGUCAUGCACAAAGAGUACACAUUCAUUCUGACUAUUAUAAUAGUGAAAGAAACUUAAGUUCUAAACGCCAGUAUAUAGUUUCUUGUAUUACAACCAAGCCAAUAGCCAGGUCACGACAAAGAGAUGGUUCUAGAAAUAGUAGAAAAAACAGCCAUACUUAUUUUCUCAAAUGGGAUAACAAUUUUGAAAAAGUUUGCAAACAAUUUUUCUUGAACACACUAGUAAUAUCAGAAACAUUUGUUAAGUUUGCUCUCUUAAAAACCCAAAGUACUGGUAUGGUUGAACCAGACCAUCGUGGCAAACAUGUACCAGGAAACAAAAUACCAGAGACAGCAAAAGGAUAUCAUAAGAAACCACAUAUCAAAAUAUCCAGCAUAUGA